GGAGGGUAUUCAGAUUGGCAGCCGCACACGAGCGGCACUAGAGGUAAAUCCGUGCAGGGGAGAACACCUUCGUCUUCGCUCGUUUGAAAGCCCAACAGUUUUCCCUACGCCGGAAAAUAGCUGCCAAUUAAAUUUCGCCGCUAUUAAGUAAGCUCGCGAGGAUAUGAUCAGACGUUGAUUAUUAGGAUGAAAAAAAGAUGCUGAUCGAAACUCUGUUAUUGGCGCUUCUGCCACUGGAGAUUCUCGGGUUUGGAAAAACGGUUGUCAUAGGUGGAUUUUUCGAGGAGAACGAACUGCUCAGAAAGGCGUUCGAACUGUCCACGAGAGCUUUGAACGAGGAUAGACACGGCAACGACGAAUUGCCCGAUCAAUUUAUCGAGUCGGUGUUGAAAAUCGUCGCCAACGAUUCGUUCGAUAUUUCGCGCGAUGUCUGCGAUCUCGCCGAUUCCGGGGUUGCGGCUCUAUUUGGACCCCAAAAUAAAAUAACAGCCAGACACGUACAGACCAUGUGCGAUACCUUGGAAAUUCCACACAUCGCUGCCAGGCUGGAUGUCCAGCAAUCCAGAGGGAACGGACUGGUCAACAUGUAUCCGUACUCCCAGACACUUUCCAUGGUGUACCUGCGACUGGCCGAGGAUUAUGACUGGAAAACUUAUACGAUCCUCUACGAGAAUAACGAGGGUUUGAUCCGGAUGCAUUUGCUUUUGAAAAAAUGGGAUCGCAGGGGGAGCACGGUCACCGUAAGACAGUUGCCCGAAGGGCCGAAUUACAGGCCAGUUUUGCGGACGAUAAAAUCAUCCGGAGAUUUUAACAUAAUUCUGGAUUGUUCGGCCGAAAUUCUGUCGGAAGUUCUCAAGCAAUCGCAACAAAUUGGGAUCAUGUCGGAUCGGCACAACUUUAUAAUAGCUUCAUUGGAUCUUCAAACAAUCGAUCUCGAACCGUAUCAAUACGGGGGAACAAAUUUAACGGGCUUCCGCUUGAUAAAUCCGGAAGAUCCUUUCGUUGUCGAAAUGUUCGCCAGAGAUGAACUCGACUGGGGUCUCGAAAGUAUUUCUCAGCUAACGGUGGAAGCGGCCCUGGUUUACGACGGCGUUCAAACGUUCGGAAGAGCUUUGAAACAACUCGACGACGCCAUUGUCGCCGACGUCGAAACGUCGCUGUGCGAAAAUAGCGAAAGUUGGGAACACGGAUCGAGUCUGAUGAACUUCAUGAGAUCGACCGAAAUGAGGGGGCUUACGGGACUGAUAAAAUUCGAUCCCGCCGGUUAUCGCAGCAACUUUGAACUCGACGUGGUCAGCCUCACGGACGAGGGACUGGUGAAAAUUGGUAUGUGGAAUACAUCGAACGGAAUCGAAUAUCUUCCGAAAAUCAAUCCUCUCAGCGAUUCGGCUGACAUAAGUCUUCGUAACAGAACAUUCCGUGUAUUAAUUUCUUUGACGCCUCCUUACGGCAUGCUGAAAGAAUCAGCGACUAUGGAGACGGGAAAUGACAGAUUCGAAGGGUUUGGAAUCGAUAUUAUUCAGGAGCUUUCGAAACAACUCGGCUUUAAUUACACGUUCGAAGUGCAGACCGAUAACGUCUACGGAUCCAAGGACCCGGUCACCGGACAAUGGAACGGCAUGGUUAAGAAAAUAAUGGAGGACAACGCAGAUUUGGCGAUAUGCGAUUUGACCAUUACGGCCGAUCGUCAGGAGGCGGUGGACUUCACUAUGCCAUUCAUGAACUUGGGCAUCAGUAUCCUCUUCACCAAACCACUUCCGGUCGGUUCGAGCUUGUUGUCAUUUCUCAUGCCGUUCUCCUACGGAGUCUGGUACUCCCUGAUGGUAGCUUACACGUUCGUGUCGUUGAUAAUCUUCAUCGUUGGUCGACUGUGUCCAACGGAAUGGAACAAUCCCUAUCCUUGUAUCGAGGAACCGGAGGAACUCGAAAAUCAGUUCACCCUGAAAAACUCUUUGUGGUUUACCAUAGGAGCCAUCAUGCAACAAGGUUCCGAAAUCGCUCCGAUAGGGUUGUCGACUCGCAUGGCGGCCAGCGCUUGGUGGUUCUUUUGCAUGAUAAUGGGCGCGUGCUACACGGCUAAUUUGGCCGCGUGUCUGGUGGUAGAGUCGAAACAGGUGUUGAUCAAAAACGUCGAGGAUCUCGCGAACAAUCAACACGGUAUAAAAUAUGGAGCCAAGGCGAGCGGUUCCACGAUCGAUUUCUUCAAAGCCUCGACUAAUCCCACGUACAAAAAAAUGUACGAUUACAUGGUAGAGAACAAAGACGAAGUUUUGAUGGGUUCGAACGAUCUCGGUGUGGCGAAGGUUGUCUCCGACAAGUACGCCUUCUUCAUGGAAUCUUCGACGAUAGCUUACGAAGCCGAGAGAAAAUGCGACCUGAUGAUGCUCGGCUCCCUUCUGGACUCAAAGGGCUACGGCAUAGCGAUGAAAAAAUUUUCGCCUUACCGGAGCGCACUGAGCGCAACGAUACUGACUCUCCAGGAAACCGGGGUCCUCAAGGAUCUCGAGAGUAAAUGGUGGACGCAGAAACGAGGCGGCGGAAGAUGCGCGGAAAAGAAAGGCGGCACCUCAGACGCCAAGGCUUUGGGAACGGAUAACGUAGGGGGUGUUUUUCUCGUCCUUAUCAUCGGAAUAGUAUUAUCCUGUGUAUUCUCGGCGUGGGAACUCCUCUGGGAAGUUGGCUGCACCACCAUAAAAGAAGGGGUCCCUUUCAAGGAAGAAAUCAAGGAGGAAUUGAAGUUUAUAGUGAAAUGCAGCGCGUCCUCGAAGCCGGUGAGACGGAGAAAGCAGAGUUCGAAUCGGACCAACGGAGAAGAAGACGAAGAUAGCGGAAGGGAAUGUUCUCCACCGUACGGUCUCGUGCCCACGGUCAUCACUACCCACCCCGAAUAGAGGGGUGAAAUUAACUUUUGGGUCGAUUGUUGAUUCGGGUAAAAAAUUGCGAUGAUUUUGCGUGUACUUGGGAGGGGAGUGGGGGAAACUAAAAAUUGACAGGAUAUUUAUAUCUGUAUGGUAUUACGUGGCAAUGAAGGCGCUGCG